AAAAGCUCUGCAGCAGUUUGAGUCAGAGCGUGCUCUCUCUCGACCGAGCUGCAGUGCCUUUUCUCUCCCCCUGUUGUUCCACUGAAUGGAAGAAACAGAAAGCUAAACAGAUGUUUCAAGUUUCGUUUCUCAUCAAAGCUGAUUACCCUCUACAUUGCCCACCCUUUAGCACGUUCUCUCUCUGGAUGUGUCAUUCCAGACUGCACUGCUGCUAAGCGCUUUGUUGUGCUUGAGUGUAUAAUAUACACAUAGGCAGGCAAAAAUAUAAGAGUAAGACACAAUUUGUGCACUGCAUGAAGUGGAAGCCGCAAUUAUACUGUCUCCAAGUAUGAAUUCACUACCGGCUUAUUCGGGAGCUAGAAUAUCUGGCUGUUGGACUUUGAGAUCUGAUGGCAGUGGAGGUGGUGACGGGUCACUGGACCGACUUCUCCCCUCAGUCAGCACAGGCCUUUCUCCCCGGAAAAGGACCACCAGCCAGUGUAAGUCCGAACCUCCUCUCCUACGCACGUCCAAACGGACCAUCUACACCGCCGGACGCCCGCCCUGGUACAACGAACAUGGAACCCAGUCUAAAGAGGCCUUUGUCAUUGGUCUGUGUGGCGGCAGUGCAUCGGGAAAGACAACAGUAGCCAGGAAAAUCAUUGAAGCUCUCGAUGUUCCUUGGGUUGUACUUCUGUCAAUGGACUCCUUUUACAAGGUCCUGACUCCAGAACAGCAGAUUCUAGCAGCUAGUAACGACUACAACUUUGACCACCCUGAUGCCUUUGACUUCGAUUUGCUGACGCACACAGUGCGCAAACUCAAGCAGGGGAAGAGUGUGAAAAUCCCAGUGUAUGACUUCACAACUCACGGGAGACAGAAAGAAUGGAAAACUGUGUAUGGAGCCAGCGUCAUCAUCUUUGAGGGAAUCAUGUCAUUUGCCGACAAAGAGCUCCUGAAGUUGCUGGACAUGAAAAUAUUUGUGGAUACGGACUCUGACAUCCGGCUCGUGCGUCGGCUCAGGAGGGACAUUUCAGAACGGGGCCGAGACAUUGAGGGCGUCAUCAAGCAGUACAACAAGUUUGUCAAGCCGGCGUUUGAGCAGUACAUCGAGCCCACCAUGCGCCUGGCUGACAUCGUGGUGCCACGUGGUGGUGGCAACAUGGUGGCCAUUGACCUGAUCGUGCAGCAUGUCCACAGUCAGCUGGAGGAGAGGAAACUCCGCUGGGAUAUGGCUGCCCUAGCUUCUGCACACCAGGCCCAACCCCUGCCACAGACCCUAAGUGUUCUGGAGAGCACGCCCCAGGUCAGGGGCAUGCACACAAUCAUCAGGAACAAGGAAACCAGCCGCGAUGAGUUCAUCUUCUACUCCAAGAGGCUGAUGCGUCUGUUAAUCGAGAGAGCGCUGUCCUUCCUCCCGUCACAGGUCCACACAGUCGAGACCCCCCAAGGAGAAGAUUAUGAAGGCAGGAGUUUUCACGGGAAGAGGAUCACAGGUGUGUCCAUAUUGCGAGCUGGGGAGACCAUGGAGCCUGCACUGAGGGCCGUCUGCAAAGACGUCCGCAUAGGCAAGAUCCUCAUCCAGACCAACCAGGACACAGGGGAACCAGAGCUUCAUUACCUGCGUCUACCCAAAGACAUCAGUGAAGAUCAUGUGAUUCUGAUGGACUGUACUGUAUCAACUGGAGCUGCUGCCAUGAUGGCCGUGCGAGUCCUGCUGGACCAUGAUGUUCAGGAAGACAAGAUUCUGCUGGUAUCUCUGCUCAUGGCUGAGAUGGGAGUCCAUUCAGUGGCUUACGCAUUCCCACAGGUCAAAAUCAUCACCACGGCUGUCGACAAGAAGGUCAACGAUCUGUUCCACAUCAUACCUGGUAUAGGAAACUUUGGGGAUCGAUACUUUGGAACAGACGCACCCCCGGACUGGAGCGAUGAGGACAUGGACGAGCCCAGCUACUGAUUAACACAUCACUGUCACUGUGGGACUCAGGCCGGCGCCGCUCAGGACGAUGUGCACACUUUGCUAGCGUCGCGCUGAAUCUGGGCCAAACGACGUCCCGGCAAACAAACUGAAGACAGGUUCACAUGUUUCUAAUGUACAUUCACCUUGUUGAAAUUUUAAAGGAUAUUAUCUAAUGUCACGAAAGUUGAAGUCUAAAAUAUUUUUAUAUGUACAGUUUGUUUUAAAGUCUAAAUGUUUUAUUUUACUUAUUAAAUUGUGACAAUCUGGUUUAAAUUUUGGAGAUGUGAUAUAUUUAGCCUUAAGACGCGUACUGUGGGUGACACAGCUGAAUGUGAAUUUUGCACACGCCGUAAAGGAGAAUUAAGUUUAUUUUUACUACAUAACCUUUUCUCACAACUUUCACAAAAGUAAAUUCGGAACACAAACUUAAGUUGCUCAACUUCCAUCGCCAUGAGCACCUUCAGUCGGAAACGUGUAGGUGUAUCUGUCAGUGUUUUUAACUCUGCUUCAGCCUCUCUCGUUUGUCAAUGUGAGGUUUGACCCAACCGACUGAAAAAAGACGAUUUUCUGAACACGUGCAAUAUCAGCAUGUACUCAUGGAACAUCAACUCCAUUUACAUAGUUUACUAUAGAUUACGUGACCAUUGAAUCCUACAGCUUCUACUGCUAUAAAAGUGGGUCACCUGCACUGUCACGUCUGUGUUUGUGAUGGAGUCGCUCGUUUAACAAGGGAUUCGUGAGGAGCAUCCACUUCCAGAAAGUGACCUGUUCGUGCCUGAUAUUUUUUACUAUGUGUCAGUAUUUAAAUGAUUAAGAAAUGCUUGUAACAACUGGUGCCUAUUUAUUAUCGCCUCGUCCUUUGUAGGAUAAUUAUGCCGGUGUCUGUCACCGGGUCCGAUCGCUUUCAACAGCGUGCUUAUGUGAUGCAGGGCGACAUCAAGGUGCAUUUUGAAAACACGGUUGAGUGACUCCUCCAUUAAUAUGAUAUUCCCUUUUACAAAUGAUCAAUUUAUAGUAUUUAUUGUACAACGUUGAGGGACUAGGAUGAAAUUGAGACGUGUGUAAACUCCAAGUACUGUUGGUUGCUAUCGUUGUCUCACCAUCUGCUCCUGUACAGUUUGUGCUUAGUGCUGAGUGCAGCUCGUUAGUCAUGUUGUGCACUGAAAAUCCACUGAUUGUGUUACAGACCGAGUCGUUGUGUGUUGCUUCUUCUGCAGCAUGAUUUUUUUUAUUUGAGUAUAUUUAAUAAAAGUGAAAUGGAGGUUUUAA